GCUCGUGCUUGUGUCACUUCGCGCUGUCAGUCCUGGCUCCGCCCUUGGGGUGGGGUCUGCGAAGGCGCGCGCGACUGUAACAAGCGAGCCUGAGCGGAGAGCGCGUCGUAGCGAGUACGCGAGCCCGAGGGACGGUUCGAGGAGCUUGGUUCCGCAGUCUCUCUGCACAGCCGAAGCCGGCAGAGUGGCUGACCUUCCAUAAGGAUGGCCAAGCAACCGCCUGCCCAAUUUACUAAUCCAGAAACUCCUGGCUAUGUUGGAUUUGCAAACCUUCCCAACCAGGUUCAUCGGAAGUCUGUGAAAAAGGGCUUUGAGUUCACUCUCAUGGUGGUUGGUGAAUCUGGAUUGGGAAAAUCUACACUAAUAAACAGCCUGUUCUUGACAGAUCUCUACCCAGAAAGGAUAAUCCCAGGAGCAGCCGAAAAAAUUGAAAGGACUGUGCAGAUCGAAGCUUCAACAGUUGAAAUCGAGGAAAGGGGUGUUAAACUCCGUUUGACAGUUGUAGAUACACCAGGAUAUGGUGAUGCCAUCAAUUGUCGGGACUGUUUUAAGACCAUCAUUUCUUAUAUUGAUGAGCAAUUUGAGCGGUAUCUGCAUGAUGAAAGUGGCUUGAACAGGCGGCAUAUUGUAGAUAACCGGGUACACUGUUGCUUCUACUUCAUUUCCCCAUUUGGUCAUGGUCUUAAACCCUUGGAUGUUGAGUUUAUGAAGGCCAUACACAACAAAGUGAAUAUUGUACCUGUAAUUGCAAAAGCUGAUACACUUACUCUGAAGGAACGGGAAAGGCUGAAGAAAAGGGUAAGUUCUAAUUUUGUUUGCAUUGAAGUAUAUUAAUGUUGGCUACUAAUAACACUAGUGUAGGCAAACAGGGAGACUUCAGCCAAGAAAAAUGCUGUUCUCUGUGGCAGACUGGGCACCCCAGCAUCCCUUUGUGGCAGGGGUAGGAUGGGGUACCAGCGCCUCAUCAAGUCCUUACGUUUGCCUCCCUGCGGGCGGUCAGUGAUGGCCUCUUGGCCUUCCUCCCUAUUAUCACCCGUGUCUGGUGCAGGGAGGAGGUGACCUUGCAGUCAUAGUCUAUGUAACCUCCCUUACGAGCAGGGUAGCACAGCCUAGUGGCCAGAGUCCAUAUAAGAUCCCUCAUGGGGAGGGGGUAAGGGGACUCAGGCCCGCCCGCCCUCUCCACCAAGCCCCAACCCAGGGCCCUCAUAGUGGCCAGCUCUCCUUGCCUCUUGCUCAGCAGGGAUCUGGCCGGAACACACCAAGCUUCCCGAGAGCUCUAACACUGUUUGUCUCUAGAGUUCCCGUGAGUCACUUCCUACCAUAAGUACCAGUUCAUCUGGGGCAGGGGAUCUUACAGUCUGUUUCUCCCCUGUGACGUCCCCCAUCAGGGUCCCAGGUAGUACCUCGGCUUGGCUGACUCUUGGAUCCUGACACGCAGAUUCUCCCUCCUCAGGAGCAGGCAGCGUGCGUCCUUCUCCUCCAGUGGUCAGCCCAGACUGAGCUGAUCUGCAGGCUUUUAUAUCUGUUCUCCAGUUGGAGCAUGGCCAUCAGGGCUUCCGGGGUGUGGCUUCCUCUGCUAGGCAGGAAGGGUUAACCCCUGCUGUACCAGUGCAGGACCGCUCUGCCCCGUCACAUUCUCCCACAUGACACUGUACAGGCAUGGUGUACUGUAGUUUAAAAUUUGCCAGAAAACACCCACAGUCUUUGGCAUCCUGCGGAUUCUGAUCCUUGUUUCGGCUGGGGUAUUACCCUUAAAAAAAAAAAAAAAAAUCAGCAAUGAUCGGAUUGGCUAUGCACACUAGUGUUAAAUUAUAAAAUGAAUUUUAAAAUUUUGGAGCUGGCUGACUGAAGCAAUGAAUGGAUUAACGUAAGAACAUAAGUUUGUUUGCUAGUGCUAAUGCUUCAUCAUCUGGACCCAUGGGAAGGAGACUCUGGAAAAAUUCCACCACGACUUCAGCAGCUUCCACCCCACCAUCAACCUCAGUUUGGACCAGUCUACACGGGAGGUCUACUUCCUAGACACUACGGUGCAAAUAAGUAACGGUCACAUUAACACCACCCUAUAUCGAAAACUUACCAACUGCUAUGCCUACCUUCAUGUCUCCAGCUUCCAUCC